AUGGUUUCUAAGAAGACUACGGUCUCUAAAGCAGCUGAACCUCAUGGAUAUGAAUUUGGUGGACCAAUAGGUGCUUUCGGUAUAUCUUUCGGACUCCCUCUUCUCUGCUACGCGACGACCUUUCUCUGCAAUGACAUUUCCGGAUGUCCAGUUCCCUCCUCGCUCUCCCCUUCGACCCUCACAAUCAGUAAUCUCAAACAAGAGGUUGGAUGGCCAACAAAUGGACUUGCAGGCUUGUCAAGCUGGAACGUAUUUCUCAAAGUAUUGGGAUACUAUCUUUUGAGCUUGGUUCUACAUAGAGUCCUGCCAGGUGAAGAAAAGCUGGGUGCUGAGCUUGCAAGUGGUGGAAAGCUCAAGUAUAAAUUCAAUACUUGGUCUUCUACCAUGUUUACUCUCGCACUCUGCGCCGCCGGAACUAUUGCCCAAGGAGCAGAAUUUCCAGUCUGGACUUUCAUCUACGACAAUUACCUACAAAUACUUACAGCCAACAUUAUCAUCUCCUAUGCUCUUGCAACUUUUGUAUACGUUCGCAGUUUCAGCGUUAAACAUGGUAAUCCCGAACUCCGCGAGUUGGCUGCAGGUGGUCAUUCUGGAAACAUAUUAUACGAUUGGUUCAUUGGACGAGAACUCAACCCAAGAGUAACCCUCCCCUUACUUGGUGAAAUCGAUAUCAAGGAAUUCUGUGAGCUACGACCAGGUCUUAUGGGAUGGCUUCUUAUGGAUUACGCAUUUGUUGCCCACCAAUACAAGACUUACGGAUAUGUUACUGAUAGUAUCUUGUUGAUCACCGCUUUUCAAACACUAUACGUUCUCGAUUCAUACUGGAUGGAAAAUGCUAUUCUCACGACCAUGGAUAUCACCACCGAUGGAUUCGGACUCAUGUUAUCAUUCGGAGAUUUAGUAUGGGUUCCAUUCAUCUAUUCCCUCCAAGUCCGCUACCUAUCCGUGUACCCCCUUUCCCUUGGUAUCUUUGGCACAAGUGGUGUUCUCGCAGUCCUGGGCACAGGAUAUUACAUCUUCCGUGGUGCCAACAACGAAAAGAAUCGCUUCAGGACCGAUCCGACCGAUCCUCGCGUCGCACAUCUCAAAUACCUUGAGACGAAAUCCGGCUCUAAACUUCUCAUUUCUGGCUGGUGGGGCGUAGCUCGUCAUAUCAACUAUGCUGGUGAUUGGAUCAUGGCAUGGUCUUAUUGUCUUCCUACCGGUAUCGCUGGUUAUCUCAUCAAUCACAGCUCCGUAGCUCCAGCACCAGGCCAAUCUCUCGCCAAUGGGUCGUUUGUGUAUAAUGGACCAGCAGCACAUACAGAAGUCACGAAAGGUGCAGCUCGCGGUUGGGGAAUGAUCAUCACGUAUUUUUAUAUAGUUUACUUCGGAGUGUUGUUGGUGCAUAGAGAGAUGAGGGAUGAAGAGAAGUGUGAGAGGAAGUAUGGGGAGGAUUGGAAGAGGUAUAAGGAGAUCGUUAGGUAUAGAAUUAUUCCGGGGAUUUAUUGA